GUGACUGAAUCUGCAAUCUCCGAGCUAACUGUGAUUCGGAAGCAUCUUUAUCACACUUCCCUAACGCGCUCGACGAAUCUCCUGAUGAAAACCUAGAAAUUCGAGGUCGGAAAAUCAUCGGAAGUAUAAAUCAUGGCCGCGAUCGGAGUAAUGCCGGAGAUUAAUGGCCUAAAACAGAAAAGCCGAAGGUCAGCUGUAACACUAAUUCUGACGGUUCUCACGAGUUCACAAUCGAUACUCAUUGUGUGGUCGAAGAGAGCUGGAAAGUACGAGUACAGUGUAACAACUGCUAAUUUUCUGGUAGAGGCAUUGAAAUGUGCAUUGUCUCUUGCGGCAUUGGUAAGAAUCUGGAGAAAGGACGGCAUUACUGAUGAUAACAGGUUGAGCACUACGUGGGAUGAAGUUAAAGUGUAUCCCAUUCCCGCUGCACUUUACCUUGUCAAGAAUCUACUUCAGUAUUACAUUUUUGCAUACGUAGAUGCUCCUGGAUAUCAGAUACUGAAGAACUUGAACAUUAUCAGCACCGGCGUAUUGUAUCAAAUUAUUCUUAAAAGGAAGUUAACUGAGAUUCAAUGGGCUGCUUUCAUUCUACUGUGUGCUGGGUGCACCACUGCACAACUUAAUCCUAGUUCUGAUCAUGUUCUUCAGACUCCUUUGCAAGGUUGGGUUAUGGCUAUUGUAAUGGCCCUUUUGAGUGGUUUUGCAGGAGUUUACACAGAGGCUAUAAUUAAGAAGCGACCUUCAAGAAAUAUAAAUGUUCAGAACUUCUGGUUGUAUGUCUUUGGGAUGAUCUUCAAUGCUUUUGCAAUAAUGACUCAAGAUUUUGACGCAGUCAUGAAUGAUGGAUUUUUCCAUGGAUAUACACUGAUUACGGUUCUCAUGAUUCUCAACCACGCACUAAGUGGUAUUGCAGUAUCAAUGGUGAUGAAAUAUGCUGACAAUAUUGUGAAGGUCUAUUCAACUUCAGUUGCAAUGCUACUGACUGCAGUUGUUUCUGUAUUUCUAUUUGGAUUUCACCUUUCCCUUGCCUUUUUCCUUGGUUCCACCGUUGUUUCAGUAGCAAUAUAUUUGCACUCGACUAGCAAAGCCCGAAGAUAACAAUUGAGUUCAUCUUCUGGGUGUUCUUUCUUGCCAAAAUUGUAAGCGCAUAACUAUUUAUCCUACAACAGCUUAAGAGUUGGCCCUGGAUUUAUCCUUGGAAUGGAGUCGGCAUUUGAAUUUGGAUACUUUUGAUCAAGUACUAAAAUCCUGCGUAUGGGCACUUGCAAGGUGUUGUUUCAAUCUUGAAUUCAAAUAGCAGUGCUUAUUGCCCCAGGAAAGGGAUUCGAUAUGUGCUGAAGAUGUUAUUAGUGCAAGAAGUCCUGGACAGUCCACUUUGUAACACGAUACAUUUGACGCGAUGCAUAAUUUCAUGAACAUUUUUUUGCUCUUUCAAAUGUAAUUAUGGACUAGUUGGUAUUGUAAUAGCAAUUUGGGCAAUAAUGUGUUUGUACAAUGUCCGUUGAUGUUAAUACUUGUUUUGGUGUUAAUUUA